AAAUUUCCAAAUUUUAAAAUGCAAAAACCCUCAAUUGCACAAAUUUCAUCAAAGCUCAAACAACUAUCCUGUCUCUGGUUCUGUAGCAAUUUCCAUAAUAUUACCAAAUCUUUGCCUUUUGCAUUAGCUAUUUCGUAACGCUUCCACCUUUGUUUUUUUCUUCAAUUCGAGGGCACUUCCCAAUUUCCAGGAUUGCUGUAGAUUCUAUUUAGGGUUUUUAUUUUGAUAAUAUUAUCGCCCUAUUAUUUCCCAUUUCUUUCACCCUCUAAGGUUUCCUUCUCCCUUUUUCUUCUUUUCAAUUCCCAAUUUUUUUUUUAAUUUUAGGGCUUCUUAUCCAGGUUUUGUGUAUUUUCUCAGUCGUUUGGGAAAAGAAAGGGAAAAGCUUACCUUUUUUUUGAUCAAUUUACUUUGGGAAUUUAUUGGAAAUAGCCCCUUCAUUUUGCCAGUUUUUACUGCACUCGGCGUUUUAAUUACUUCAUAAACGUUAUUAGCAUCUAGGAUUCUUACCUGAUUAAUUAAAAAAAAGAAGCCAAAGUAAAACUAAUUUCGAAGUUUGAUUUUCUGAAGAAAUAAUCAUUGAUUCACCAGAAAAUCGUACAUAUUGAAAAACUACCCAUUUUCUGCCCAUUUUUUAAAAUUGAAAAUUGAUUAUUUGUUUUUGGUUGCAUUGUGGCGAUUGAGAGGGUUUUAGAAAGUUGUUGGGGGGGGGGGGGAGGAAAAGUGGUUUAAGAUUGCAUGGGAGAGCAUGAAGGGUGGACGGCGCAGCAGGCACCGAGCGGGCUAUUGCCGAACGGUUUGUUACCCAAUGAAGCCACCUCUAUGAUUAGGAUGCUUGACUCGGAACGAUGGACGAAGGCUGAGGAAAGAACUGCUGAACUCAUUGCCUGCAUACAGCCCAAUGCACCCUCGGAAGGUCGCCGUAAUGCUGUUGCUGACUAUGUUCAGCGCCUCAUCUCCAAAUGCUUCCCUUGUCAGGUCUUUACUUUUGGGUCUGUGCCCCUCAAGACAUAUUUGCCAGAUGGGGAUAUCGACUUAACAGCUUUCAGCAAGGAUCAAAAUUUGAAAGAUUCUUGGGCUCAUCAGGUUCGUGAUAUGCUGCAAAAUGAAGAAAAACACGAGAAUGCUGAAUUCCGAGUGAAAGAAGUUCAAUACAUUCAGGCUGAGGUGAAGAUAAUAAAGUGUCUCGUAGAAAAUAUUGUGGUAGACAUUUCAUUUAAUCAGCUUGGUGGAUUAUGUACGCUUUGUUUCCUUGAAGAGGUUGAUCUUUUGAUAAAUCAGAACCAUUUGUUCAAACGUAGUAUCAUAUUGAUAAAGGCAUGGUGUUAUUAUGAGAGCCGUAUACUGGGUGCUCAUCAUGGACUUAUCUCAACCUACGCCCUGGAAACCUUAGUUCUUUACAUAUUCCAUGUUUUCAAUAAUUCCUUUUCUGGACCACUCGAGGUCCUAUAUCGUUUUCUUGAGUUCUUUAGCAAGUUUGAUUGGGAAAAUUUUUGUGUUAGCCUCCGGGGUCCUGUCCCAAUUCGUUCGCUGCCAGACAUAACAGCCGAACCUCCUCGAAGAGAUGGUGGAGACUUGUUACUUAGCAAAUAUUUUCUUGAUACUUGUAGUUCAAGAUAUGCUGUUUGCCAGGAAAACCAGGGCCAACCAUUUGUUUCUAAAUAUUUCAAUGUAAUUGAUCCUUUGCGUUUAAAUAACAAUCUUGGACGUAGUGUUAGUAAAGGUAAUUUCUUUAGGAUACGCAGUGCGUUUUCAUUUGGAGCUAAAAAGUUGGCAAGACUACUUGAUUGUCCCAAAGAGGACCUGUAUUAUGAAGUAAAUCAAUUCUUUAUGAAUACAUGGGAAAGGCAUGGCUGUGGCCAACGUCCUGAUGCACCAAGGAAUGAUUUGUGGCCUUUGAGAUUUUCAAAUUCAGACCACACUCGUGGAUCUAAGAAUGUCAGAAACAAUUCAAGCAGCAAGGGAAAUCAUAUUUCCUCUGGGCAUGAAACUGAAGCUGAAGAAGUUCAAGUAUCUUGUGGUGUUCCCUCACAUAAUCAUCCAUCGGAAAGCACAAUUAGUGAUGUAUCUACUGUUUUUCAUAGCCAAAGGAGCUAUGGUAGCAUGAGCAACUCAAAGACCUCCGAUCAGGUUAGAUGGAAUUGUAAUUCCAAUCAGAAUGUUCAUAAUGAUACUGGCCAGAGGAAUUCUAAAGCGGAGAAUUUGGUGACUGAUGUUCAAGGAAGAUAUAUUUUUGCAAGGACAUGUUCGAGUCCUGAGCUUACUGAAACUUAUGAGGAAGCUACUUCUCGAGGAAGGCGGAACAGAAUGCAAGAGAGUGGGGAAAAAACACAGAUUGGUUCUAUGCGAUCAGAUACUAACAGGAGGAAUAAUAUGGGAUCUGUUAUGUUGGCAAGCUAUAACAUUAAAUCAUGUGAUGAUCCUUCAUCUACAAGGCAAACGUCAACCCGUCAAAGCAUUGCUGCUGCUUCUGAUCCAAACAGUCUUCUUAAUGGUAACCAAGAUGAUUUAGGCUUGGGAACCAUGGCUCAGGACUUCUCUUCGAUUCCAGGUUCACAAGGAAUGCAUCAAGAAGAGCAGGAUUUAGUGAACAUGAUCGCAUCUUCUACAACUCAUGGCUUUAAUGGUCAGGUUCCUGUUCCGCUAAAUUUAGCUGCAGGUCACUUACCUUUUUCUCUCCAGUCUCUAUCAACUGGCUACAAUCAGAGAAAUUUGGGAGGGAUUGUUCCCGCUAAUAUUCAAAUGUUUCCCCAUGGAUUGGUUUCUCCUCCUUUGGCCCAUUAUAUUUCUGGCAUUGAAUUACCCUCAAAUGCAGAGAAUUCCGUUGAGCCCAGUAGUGGUAAUUUUGGUUCUUCAGAAAUGAACCCAGGGGAAGUGGAACAUGAGUUACAUCAUGAACACGACAGAGGCUCUGUUGGUGGUUUUGAUCUUGAUAAUGAAAAUUUUGAAAUCCGUCCAUCAGAUGAUAACCAACUUUCAACUUCAGCUGGCUAUGAGGCUGGCAGCUCUGGACAGAAGUUUACAAAAGAAACUCGAGGGUCAAAUAGGGAACAUCAUCUAGAUGUUUGCCAAUUUCAAGAUAAUAGAGCUAGUGAUGUUUAUUUUGAUGAAAGAACUGCAAGUUCUAUAUCCAUGCUUGCUUCGCAUACUAGUUCACUCAGAAGUAAAACCUUAACAGAAAGUUCUUGGGAAGGGUCUUCAGCAAGGGCCUCUAAGUCAGCUAGGGAGAAGCGAGGUAGGAAAACUGCUGCUUCUGUGCUUCAUUUUGCCGCAUGUGGGAAAGGUAAGAGUGUAUCUGAACGUUCCUCUCAGGCAGAUGACGAUGGCAGAGAUUGGAAUCCACCAUCAAUAGGGGGCACUGAAAUGGUGGAAAGAACUAUUGGACCUCAGCCGGUUGGUUCUUUUCCUGUUCCAAAGCAUCAAAUGCCUGGUGAGGAAGCUCAAACAAGUGGACCAGAUUCAUCGAUACCUAUUGCUCCAUUCCUCUUAGGUCCAGGUUCAGGCCAAAGAACUAUGGAUAAUUCUGGAGUUCCUCCAUUGGCCUUCAUGAUAACAGGGCCACCAGUUCCAUUUUUGUUCUGUCCUGUGUACAACAUUCCAGCAGAAACGGGAACUCCAGAAGCAUCAGCAGGCCAUUUUAGUUGGGAUGAAGGUUUGGAUAACAAUGAUUCUGGUAAAACGUUUGAAUCAUCUGAGGGACUUGAUCAAUCUGAGGUGCUAAGUACUUCUAUGAGAAAGGUUUCAUCUCUUGACCCAUCAGAGCAUAAGUCUGACAUUCUUAACAGUGACAUUGCUAGCCAUUGGCAGAACUUGCUGUAUGGACGGUUUUGCCAAAAUUCACGAUAUCCUCCGAAUUCGCUUUAUCCUUCACCCGUCGUGGUGCCACCCAUCUAUUUACAAGGUCAUUUCCCUUGGGAUGGUCCUGGGAGACCUCUUUCUUACGACAUGAAUCUCUUUUCUCAACUUAUGAAUUAUGGGCCUCAUGUUCUUCCUGUUGCUCCCCUCCAAUCUGUUUCAAACAGACCUGCCACAUUCCAAAGAUAUGUUGAUGAAAUGCCAAGAUAUCACAGUGGUACCGGGACAUACCUGCCAAACCCUAAAGUUUCAAUGAGAGAACGCCCUUCUGCAAAUACAAGGAGAGGAAAAUAUAAUCCUGAUAGAAAUGACCACCAUGGCGAUAAAGAAGGGAACUUGAAUGCCAAUACAAAGUCACGAGCUGCUGGGCACAACCAUGGUUGCAACCAAAAUGAUAAAUCAAGGUUCACAUUUGACCAAUUUGCUGGUGAGAGCAGAGCUGAGAGGCCCUGGGGUUCACAUAGACAUGAUUCAUUUACUUCAUACCAGUCUUGGAACAGAACAGUCCGCUCAAACUCUUCACAAAGUAGCCCUGCCAGUAUGCCAUAUGGCAUGUACCCACUUGCAGCCAUGAACCCCAAUGGGGUGUCAUCUAAUGGACCUACCAUUCCAUCUGUGGUCAUGCUGUAUCCAUACGAUCAUAAUUCCCCUACUGAACAGCUUGAAUUUGGCUCUCUUGGACCAUUUAGUUUCUCAGGCAUGAAUGAAGUAUCACAGCCAAGUGAUGGAAGUAGCUCCACUGGAGUAUUUGAUGAUCAAAGGUUUUAUGGUACCUCUGCUCAACGGUCAUUGCCAGACCAGCCUUCUUCACCCACACCCACCACCAAAGGGGACUUUGAUUUUAUUGCCAGAUCCAUGUCCUAGAAGAAUCACAAUUGAAAGAUGAGGAAUUCCCAAAUCUUUGCUUUUCCAUAUGAUGGAAGAAAUGACGGUAGGAGUACCGAUAAUGAGAAAACCACCACGUUACCAGGUUUUUGUUCUCAUCUCACUCCUAAAACCAAGAAGUGGAUUUUCUGAUUCAAUGACUGCUAGUGAAUUUCUCACAAGAUGGUGUCAUCCAUGCUUCUUGGCUUUGUGCUUGUAUGUACACUAUGACCGACUGAAAAUCAUUUUUGAAAGUGCUCGGUUUUUUCGAGGUUAAUAACAAAGUAAUGGUGAAAAAGGAAUGCAGGAUUCAGUAACAGAGGUUAGUGUUUAAAUUUAGGGUUCUACACAUUGUAACUGAACUAGAUUCUCUUCAGAUUUACAACUGAGUUCUAUACAUCAUUUUAUAAACCUCUAGUGAUUAGGAUGUUAUUUCCCACAUUGUAAUAGGUUUUUCUUUUCUUUUUUCUUUUUUUUCUUUCUUAGUUUCAGUCUAACUAGCUCUCACUUUUGUUGACUUCCUUGUUGAAACUUGAAAGUUACCAGUGUACUAAUAACAAUUCCAUGUUAAAAGAACAGAGUUGAUAACAGAAAAAAAUUAGAGGUGGUCAUGUUUGUUGCA